AUGAGUCAAGUAGCUGAUAAAUCUGUAGUAUCUCCCCCACCUAAAUUGGAAUCCAACUUUGCUAUUGAUUUCUUAAUGGGUGGUGUUAGUGCAGCUGUGGCAAAGACAGCAGCAUCACCAAUUGAAAGAGUUAAACUACUAAUUCAAAAUCAAGAUGAAAUGUUAAAGCAAGGUUCAUUGGAUUCUAAAUAUUCAGGUAUCGUCGAUUGUUUUAAAAGAACUGCCAAACAAGAAGGUAUUGUGGCCUUUUGGAGAGGUAAUACUGCUAAUGUUAUUAGAUAUUUCCCGACUCAAGCUUUAAAUUUCGCUUUUAAGGAUAAGAUUAAGGCAAUGUUUGGUUUUAAGAAGGAAGAUGGUUAUGCUAAAUGGUUUGCUGGUAAUUUAGCUUCUGGUGGUAUGGCUGGUGGUCUUUCAUUGAUGUUUGUUUAUUCUUUAGAUUAUGCAAGAACUAGAUUGGCUGCAGAUGCUAAAUCUUCCAAGAAGGGUAGUGAAAGACAAUUUAACGGUUUAGUCGAUGUUUAUAGAAAGACUUUAAAGUCAGAUGGUGUUGCAGGUUUAUAUAGGGGGUUUUUACCAUCUGUUGUUGGUAUUGUUGUUUACAGAGGUCUAUAUUUCGGUCUUUAUGAUUCCGUUAAGCCUUUACUUCUAACUGGUUCUUUGGAAGGUUCAUUCUUAGCUUCAUUCUUAUUAGGUUGGGUUGUUACUACUGGUGCAUCUACUGCAUCUUAUCCAUUAGAUACAGUUAGAAGAAGAAUGAUGAUGACUUCUGGUCAAGCUGUUAAAUACGAUGGUGCCUUUGAUUGUUUCAGAAAGAUUGUUGCUGCUGAAGGUGUAGGUUCUUUGUUUAAGGGUUGUGGUGCCAAUAUCUUAAGAGGUGUCGCAGGUGCUGGUGUUAUUUCCAUGUACGAUCAAUUACAAAUGAUGUUAUUCGGUAAAAAAUUCAAAUAG